GUAAAACCACAGUCACUUCCUUCUCCCAGCUCCAUUCGUGUCGACUGCCCAGAGUCCACGGAUACAGCCCUGCACCUCUCCCCGUCACCACAAAUUCAAUCUGACCACAUACAUACAGCAAAGCAACAGACCAGCCCUGACAGCAGCUACAUUCCAGCAGCCUCUCCUUCCCCUGUUCAGACAUGUCGCUCUACAGUUUUGGCCUGGAGCCGCUCUCCUGCCACACCUGGAACAAAGACAGGACUCAGAUUGCAGUGAGUCCCAACAACAAUGUGGUGAACAUCUAUGAGAAGAAAGGCAAAGAAUGGGUCAAGAUCCAUGAGUUGACUGAGCACAGUGGACGAAUCACAGGCAUUGAUUGGGCCCCAGAGUCCAACCGCAUUGUGACGUGUGCCUCUGACCGUAACGCCUAUGUGUGGACUCUGAAGGAUGGCGUGUGGAAGCCCACCCUGGUCCUGGUGCGUAUCAACCGUGCAGCCACCUGUGUGAAGUGGUCACCACUGGAGAACAAGUUCGCCCUGGGCAGCGGAGCUCGCAUCAUCUCUGUCUGCUACUUUGAGAAGGAGAACGACUGGUGGCUGAGUAAGCACAUCAAGAAGUCUGUUCGCUCCACCGUUCUGAGUCUGGACUGGCACCCCAACAACAUCCUGUUGGCAGCUGGGUCUGCAGACCUCCACUGCAGGAUUUUCUCAGCCUACAUCAAGGACAUUGAGGACAAACCUGGACCCACCUCCUGGGGGGCCAAAAUGCCUUUUGGGGAGAUGCUACUGGAGCAUAAAGAUUGUGGAGGCUGGGUGCACAGCGUCUCCUUCUCUCCCAGCGGAGACCAGCUGGCCUGGGUGGCCCAUAACAGCAGCAUCACUGUGGCUGACGCUGCCCAGGGGAAGGAGGUCACCCAGCUGACCACCAACCAUCUGCCGCUGCUGAGUGUGCUCUAUGUCAACCCCACUGAGAUUGUUGCUGCGGGUCAUGACUGUUGCCCCUACCAGUUCACCUAUAAGGGUCUGGGUGCUCUGGAGUUUGUGAAGAAGCUGGACGUACCCAAGCAGACCUCAAAGAGUAACGUGUCAGCCAUGCAACACUUCCGCAACCUGGACAAGAAGGCCACUGAGGACGACAGCAAGGAGCUGAACACCCUCCACCAGAACAGCAUCACGCAGCUGUGUGUUGUAGCCGGGGAAAAAGCCAAAGUGGAGAAGUACAGCAGUGUGGGGCUGGAUGGAGCCAUGGUGAUCUGGGAUUUUAAGCACUGAGGGGCCACAUGUUGUCAGUCCAUGAGAUGUCAGGAGCUGAACCAACCAACACAUCCUUCCUAUCAACCACUCCUCUGUGAAAUACUGUAUAUCUGCCAUGUGCAUAAAUAUGGAACUACUGAUGCUUUUGAGUAACAAUGUCAGCACAUGUACUUUGUGAUAUUUGUCAUUAAAACUUUUGAAUAAAUAAAGUGGAUAUCUACAGACCA